CGACUUCUGUUCUCUGACGCCGUGAUGUUUUUGCAUCCAGAUGCAGAUUACGUGGAGAUCAGGAACCAUUUUGUGGCCGCCCGGCCGCACCUCCCCGUCAUGUUCAUCGCCACCCCCAGGGACCGCCGGGACUCUGCGUGGACCAAGGAGAAGCCUUCUGCGCAGGUCCUGCAGCGCCUCUUGGUUUUGGCUCAGGAAUCUCUUCAGGUUUUGGAGAAGCAGCUCAUGGACCCUCUGGGAAGCCAGGAUGUGAAGAUGGUCUUCCGCCCUCCUCUGGACUUCUACGACGUCCUCAUCCACCUGAACCCCAAGCAGAUCCCGAGGCACCUGGAGGCAGUGGACCGGCCGGCCAAGUCCUUCUUCCGGGGAACGUUGAAAAGCAGUGCAGCUGUCAAAACCUUAGCUUUCCCGGUGGUGGAUUACGACCCGGCUCAGCUGUACCUCCGAGAGUUGCAGGCGGCAUUCGGUGACCUGGCGAUGUUUUUCUACGACAAGCAUGGAGGAGAGGUGGUGGGAGUCCUCUGGAAGCCUUCGGCCUUUGAGCCACAGCCUUUCAAGGUGCUAAGCAUGAAAGGAAGAAUGCUGUCUGCCCUUGCCCCUGAGCCCCUGACAGUUCCCAAUGUGGAGGCCAUUUUGGAAGACUUCAAGAUUUUGGGAGAAGGAUUGGUCAAGUCAGUAGAGGCCCGUACAGAGAAAUGGUCCAUUUAGAACCUUUUGGAACUUUGUGCUGCAUGUAUAAAGUGUUGCCCAGGGUGUGUUCUCACCCGUAACUUUUUCCACUUAGCACUGUCUUAUACGAAAGGUAUUUUAUUACAUACAAACUUCUCUCGAUCCUAUUUCCUCCUGUAGACUCAUCCAGUUUAGAGAAACUUGACCUCCCUAAUAAAGGACUCUUGUUAUUGUAGAAACUCUUAUUAAAUCCUCCUCCCGCCACCUUUUGAGGCCAAGGAAAUAAUUGGAACAUUUCCCUUUAUUCGUCCAGUGGAAUUCUAAUUAAAACAUCACACCCUCUUAAAACCGUCAA